ACCAUCCCGGUAUCAAAUCAAUUGUCGAGUUUUUUAUAUAACGCGGACAGUACCAGCCGUACCGCUACUGUCGCCAAUUGAGCUCGCAUGAACACAGCCGAUAUGCCUUAGGUAUGCAUUGGCUGUUAUCGAGGGCUGUCCAGGCGCAGUCUUCGUGUCGGUGUCGACUCUGCCUUCACUCCGGGCGUUCAAUUGUACGGCAUACCACGAACGUAGCCCCCAGGCGGAAAGUAACGGCUGCUGAUAUCUUCACUGCCUGUUAUACGACUAUACUUGGUACUGCGACUGUUAUAGAUACCCAGAGGAAGGAAGUGAGGAAGAAGGAACUCGACGAGAAACUAGAGAAGGCCAGAGCCGCAUUGGGCAGCUUGGGUGUCCAAGACUCGUCCAGCCAACAAGGUGGAGGCGUCGACAGUCCCGAUUCCGGCACUGCGAUUAUUUCGCGCAGUUCUGACGAUGGGUCUAGAAGAAAGGAACAGGUUGCUGCCAACGGCCUACUGCGGGAGUUAGGAGUUCUAUGCGAAAUUACUCGUCGUCCAGUAUCGCGUCCAUCGUGGAUACAAACACAGUUAGAAUGGGCACACGUCGAAGCCGCCAUCGUUGCGGAAGAGCAAGACUCCGGAUGUAUACUCAGAGAACCAAAAUCUGCUCAGCAACUCCGAAGGACAACGAUGACAGUCGUAGAGUUGGUAAAUCAACUCAUAUAUCGAAGUCAGACUUAUAAGAGCACCCGGAGCCAAGAUGUAGAUGCCGAGCAGAAAAAUAGCGUAGACGAUGCUGUUUACAAGGAACUGAAGGAUAUAUUACAGACUUUCCACUAUCCAAGUUAUAACCAACCUACCGAGGACCCUAGUGAUGCCGCGAGGACUCGGUUUCUCCUUGGGGAAUCCAUACGGCGUAUCUUUAAUCAUGCCGCAAAUGCCAAGGAGAUUGUAACCAAGAUAUGUUAUAAUCUCUUAACAGCUGGUGUGCCUCCGAGUAUCCACACUUAUAAUACGUUAAUUGCAGGCUUCAACCGGAUUCAACGUCCUGAUCUCGCGCAGACAGUUGUCGAUUCCUACAUCCACAGAACAACCUGGCCUGCCACCGAGCAGACCGCCGUAUGCCUGCUCAAUCACUACCGAGGGGUAAAUCAGGAAGAUGGCAUACGAGAUAUCAUCCAACGAAUGAGGGGUGUUAGAGGUGAUGGUCUACAUUUUCGAAUUAUCGACAAGAAAGCUAUUUAUACGCGAGACUGGUUAGCGUGGGCUAUAGAGAACUGUGCCUCGCGCAAGUAUACCUAUGUGGAACGAAUGCGGCGAACGGAUGCUGUAUUCACUAGUAUUAUAAAAGGUUGGUUAUACUGUGGAGAACUCGGCAAUGCUGGCGCGGCCUUUGUGACAUGUGUGCGUUACGGAGGUUCGAUCACCAUUCAAACGCUCCAGGAACUCUUCAGAGCAUGCCUAUCAACAGUUGAUUACACCGCAGCACGGCGAUUGGUGGCAGGGUUGGCUAAGAAUAUGCGCAGCUUUGCGACUUGGAUCGAUUGUACUAUUCGUCAAGAAUCAGUAAACACGUCGCGUCAACUUAUCAUGAGCCUCUUAAAUCUAGUUAACAUCUGUCGGCUUCCGUUCAAUUUCACGCCUGUCUCCGAAUCCUACGACCAGACAUUGCAGGGGCUCAGAUCUCUAAUUAACCUUACCCGAUUCGAACUAGAGAUACAAGAGACGGCGAAUUUAUGCGUGGCCACGUUCGAGGAAUUGACUUCGAGUGGAUCAUUGGUAACCCGGCUUGAUAAAGUUCUUGCCAUGCUCGACUCAGCUCAGCUGAGCAGGCAAAAGGCUGCAAGGUCGCUCGCUCGCUUCGGCAGGCUAGCAGAACUCCUUUCUAUUGAAAGGAGAUGCCGCGACCUAGAGACAAGAAUCAAGACCACGACAGCAUUAACGACGGCUACCAUUCUCAAAAUCAAGACGGGAUAUGAGCUUGACCCAUCCGCAAUUCUUACUUCGAAACAAGAAUCUCCGAUUUGGUAUCAGCGAGAGUAUUUUUUUUGGUACCAGCGGCAGCGCUACGACUCCCUCGUCAAUGCUCUUCAAAACAUUCAAAUCAACUGGGGUCCGAUGACAAAAGAGGAUAUAAGGUCGCAACUUCUUCGACGCCUACCUGACCCUGUUCUGUCGAGAAGGCUAGGGAAUUCUGGUCAUCCAGAGAACCUAGGUAUAAGAGCACUGACGAGCUUUUAUGUAUCAGGCAUGACACACACCAACGGGCACCAAUAUGUCUUUUGUAGUAGGCCCAUAAGCCAGCUCGAACAAGAACUUACUGACAUUGAAAAUACGAUCAGAGCUAUACUAUUCGCUCACCUCAGCGGCGAUACUCAAAGGAAGCUUAGGUUCCAGUAUCCAAACUUCUACAAAAUGCCUUUCAAGAAACUUUACAAGUACCAAUUGCGGAGAAGCAUCUUCAAGACGGUCUCUGCCAUAGAUGAACAGCAGUCCGGCAUUAUCAAACCACACGGCCAAAUAAAACCGGCAACCAGAGCCAGCGAGGGGCUAUUAGGGAUACCGAGAGACAUACAUCUAGGCAUUGAAGAGGGGUUACAUUUAGACCACUCGAGCACAAAGCUUCGCUCGGCGGGUUCAUCUGAGUUGCGCGAUGCUGACGCCGCUCUCCCCUUGUCCGCGUUAGGAUGAGGGGUGAGGGUGAGAUAUGCCCUGUAGAGCGGAUGCGAGGGUUUAAUUGGAUCCUGGGGAAGCUUGGCACAGAAUCAAGGGAAUCUUGAGCCAAACCUCUAUCCCCAUCCCCUUGUAUAUAAAACCAGCUAUACUUACCUUGAUCUGUAUAAUUUAGUCGUGGACUGAUUUUAUGCUCGCUCAGUUGCGGCAUAUUGUACCUAUAAACGGUCACAGUCCCGGUCUCGGUCCCGAUACCGGAUGUUAAAUAAGAACAACUAACCAUUCGAGGUCUGUUUUUGUUUCGAUUUCAGUACAUACGUGUCUUCCUAUCGUGCGGUAUAUAUAUCUGCUAGGUAUCCAUCGGAACCGAUUGGGAUAGAUGAUGUGCUUAAGUGUGUAAAUAAGGUGUGUAGGUCCGAGAGAUUACCUAUCCUCUAGAAGAUACCUAGGUAAGUACUAACACCGAAAUAUGGAAUGCGUGCAUAAACAUCUCAUCGAAUACCCGCAAGUGUGUAAUCCGUAAAUGGUUGUCCUACACGAUAAGUUGAAAAGUGGUACGGUAGCAUUACAUUGCCUACACCCUGCGGGCUUUAUUCAUAGGGUUAUCUUUCUUGGGUAGAUGCGUAGCUGUAUGUAGGUAGGUACUGGGGUGUAGGAUUGGGAUUGAUUACCUAGUUAUGUAGGUAGUUUAUACUAUAG